AUGAGGUCAUCUCCUCUUCACAUCCUCUUCCUCCUCCUCCUCCUCGCUUACUUGCUCACCGCCGCCCUUGCCGGUCCUCCGGAGGACGAUGAUGAAUAUCUGACCAAAAACUACUACUCACGGAGCUGCCCCAGGUUUGAGGAGACCGUCGGCUGCAAGAUUGACUACUGGCAUUCUCUUGACUCCUCCCUCAGUCCCAGCCUCAUCCACCUCCUCUUCUUCGAUUGCGCUGUCAGGGGAUGCGAUGCGUCGAUCUUGUUGAACAACACCGGCGGCGAAAGGAGAUCUCCGGCGGCGUCGUCUCUGAGAGGUUUCCGCGUGAUCGACGACAUCAAGGCGGAGCUGGAGAAGACGUGCCCCGAGACGGUGUCCUGCGCCGACAUCCUCGUGGCCGCCGCCCGGGAAGCCACUCUGAAGGCCGGCGGGCCGUACUGGGACAACGUGUACGGCAGGAAGGACGGGCGGGUCUCCCUAGCCAAGGAGGCGGAGGCCGUCCCCACCGGCCGCGAAAGCAUCACCGAACUGAUCGACUUCUUCGACUCGCUGGGGCUCGACAUCCUCGACCUCGUCGUCCUCUCAGGCGCGCACACCAUCGGGAAAGCGACGUGCGGCGCGAUCCAGCACCGGCUGUACAACUACGGCGGCGUGGCCGGGGAGUCGGACCCGUCGAUCGACCCGCGCUACCUGAACUACCUGAAGAGGAAGUGCCGGCGGGCGUCGACGGAGGUGGAUUUUGAUCCCACGACGCCGACCGAGUUCGACAACGAGUAUUACCGGAACUUGAAGCAACACAUGGGGCUGCUGGGCACGGACCAGCUGCUGGCCUCCGACUCGCGCACGGAGCCCAUCGUGGAAGCGCUGGCGUCGCAGGAAGGAGUGUUCAAGCACCAGUUCGCCAAGUCGAUGAAGAACCUAGCGGAGACGCUGGCGCUGGAGGGCAACGACGAGGGGGAGGUCAGGAUCAACUGCAACUUUGUGAACGAGAAGAAGAAGUGA